CAUCAUUCAAUGAUCUUGCUUCCUUGACUGGAGCGCUGCUCAGCUACGACCUUCUGUCUAUUUCCGUCCUUGCGUGCCGGCCGCUUCAGUCGCCGUCUUCCGAUCUUCCUUCUUCCCCGCUUCACUGUGGCCGGAGCGGCGCCCUCUCCGGCCCUUCCUUCGCCAGCAUGGCUGAGAGUGCAUUCCCCAGCACCCACCAAUCCCUCCGGGUUGGCACCAAAGACGACAAACCCGCAACUUUUCACAAGAUCUCCGAGGAUGAAGAAUACGAGGUGACGUCACCAACCGAUCCCACUUUUCGCACUGCCAACGCCGCUCCUGCGUCCUCCUCGACCGGCAGUCCCUUCUUCGGUGGUGCAUACGGCGAGUCCGGCGGCGCAAUUCGCUUCAACCGGAGUCCUUUCGACGAUGGGUCCAGGGAGGAAGACGAGGGGGCGGACGAGUUCCCCCCGGAAGAUAUCCGCCCCACGGGAGCUGCGAACCAGGGAUUCCCCAAUAAUUAUGCGCUGGGCCGUCGGACAUCGGUGUCUGCAGAGUCCCUGAAUCCCACCUCAGCCGGCUCAGACAGCUGGAGCCCUCCGUACCAUGAAAAGUCAGAGGAUCAGCUGUCCCGUCUAAAGACCGCGGUCAGCAGCAAUUUCCUUUUCUCGCAUCUGGAUGAUGACCAGUUCAAGACGGUCCUCGAUGCUCUGGUUGAGAAGCCCAUCCCCGCCAAGGGAAUCAAGGUGAUCAGCCAGGGUGACGCGGGUGACUACUUCUACAUUGUCGAGAAGGGCAACUUUGACGUCCUGAUCCACCCAUCGGGCUCGGUGCAACCUGGUCCGGACGGCAUGGGCAACAAGGUCAACACCAUUGGCCCCGGAGGCUCGUUUGGAGAGCUGGCUCUCAUGUACAAUGCGCCUCGUGCGGCGACCGUGGUGUCUAUCGACCCGAAGAGUACCCUGUGGGCCUUGGACCGCAUCACCUUCCGACGGAUCCUCAUGGACUCGGCCUUCCAGCGCCGUCGCAUGUAUGAGGCGUUCCUGGAGGAGGUGCCCUUGCUGUCCAGCCUCAAGCCGUAUGAGCGUGCGAAGAUUGCAGACGCCCUGGAUGCCAUCAAAUAUCCCGCUGGCUCCACGAUCAUUGCUGAGGGCGAUCCCGGCGAUGCAUUCUACCUGCUCGAGUCCGGCGAGGCAGAUGCAUACAAGAAUGGUGUGGAGGGCGCUGUCAAGUCCUACCGCCGAGGCGACUACUUCGGUGAACUCGCCCUGUUGGAUGACAAGCCGCGCGCUGCGAGCAUUGUUGCCACGACCGAGGUCAAGGUCGCCAAACUGGGCCGGGACGGCUUCAAGCGGCUACUGGGACCGGUGGAGGAGAUCAUGCGACGAGCCGAGUACGAACAGAAACCCACGCCGUCUUGAGGCGGUUUGGACAUGAAUACGCGCGCCACUGGCGCUUCGGGACCCUGGCGAAGAGGAGUGCGUUUGGCGUGGUUUGCUGUGGUGACUCUUCUCUUUCUUGUGUUAUUUGUUCACCCUUUCUGUGUACUUGGUUGAACGGCCAGCCAAGGGAGCAUGUGUGUCUUAAGAUCUACGACAGAUGGGUUGAAAAGCU